UCAUGUUUCUGACUGGUUAUGACAUUUGAGCGCUAAUAUUUUAAUGUAAAUUAGAAAAACAUUUGUAAAUGAUUAUGUUUUGUGAAAACCUAUUAUAAUAUUUGAGGAAUUCGAAGAAUUGAAAGUUAAAACGUCAAUGAGCGUUUAGUCAUUCAGUGCGGCGCGGCGGGCGACGGACGAUACUACGCUCGUCCACUCGCCAGUGUCGGAAGCAAAAGUAUUCGUGUCUUCAAAGGUGAAAGUAGCGGUAAUGUCGCGUUCUAAAUACCCGAGUAAUGUUUAACGGCGGCUGCUCCUCCUAUAGUGAAUUAAUUAAAUAUUUCUAAAAGUGUACUAUGGACUGUAUAUUUUCUUUUAUAAUAGUGCAAAUGUUUGGGAAUACAGUAUUGUGAAUAUAAUAGAAAGUUUUGCCGUUAAUAAAAGGACAUAAGUAAACAAAAAUGGCACUGAAAAUGGAACAGAAAAAUGAUCUUGAUUUUAUACUGAAGAAUUUGUUGGCUGGAGGAGUAGCAGGAAUGUGUGCAAAGACAACAGUGGCACCACUGGACCGCAUCAAGAUCCUGUUGCAAGCACAGUCAUCACAUUACAAGCACCAUGGAGUCCUCGGAGGCCUAAGUGCCAUUGUCAAGAAAGAGUCCCUCAUAGCUCUCUACAAAGGCAACGGUGCUCAGAUGGUCCGGAUUUUCCCAUACGCCGCUACACAGUUCACUAGUUUUGAGAUUUAUAAAAAGUACUUAAGCCGGCUGCACGUGCCGUGGUUCCAGCACGGUGACAAGUUCGUGGCGGGCGCGGCGGCGGGCGUGACCGCGGUCACGCUUACCUACCCCCUGGACACCAUACGGGCGCGCCUUGCCUUCCAGAUCACCGGCGAGCACAAGUACACCGGCAUCCUUCACGCAGCUGCCACUAUGUUCCGCACGGAGGGUGGUAUCCGCGCGCUAUACCGCGGCUUCGUGCCGACCAUGGUGGGCAUGGUGCCCUACGCCGGCUUCAGCUUCUACUGCUUCGAGUCCCUCAAGUUCUUCUGUAUGAAGUACCUGCCCACCACGCUCUGUCGGAAGUGCGAGAGAAAUACUGGUGGGCUGGUGCUGACGGUGCCGGGCAAGUUGGUCUGCGGCGGGCUGGCGGGCGCGGUGGCGCAGUCCGUGUCGUACCCGCUGGACGUGACGCGGCGCCGCAUGCAGCUCGCGUGCAUGGACCCGCGCACUGAAAAGUUUGGCAUGGGCAUGGUCCAAACCCUGACCCUGAUAUACCGGGAGAAUGGCGUAGUGAAGGGUCUCUACCGGGGGAUGUCUGUCAACUACAUCCGCGCCAUCCCCAUGGUGGCCACGUCCUUCUCCACCUACGAGCUGAUGAAGCAGCUGUUACAACUCGACACUGGCAUGAAGGUCGCAUAGGGGGGGACAGAGGAGUCCUAUCGCUGGAAUAGUAGUUAGCAAAAGAGGGCCUAGCCAGGAUAACGCUAACGCUUAGCAUGAAAUUGACAUAAGAACGUACAAAAAGAACGCUACGUAUAGAACUGUAACUCUCCGCCCCCCACCAAUUCGUAUCGGGCGCUGACCUCACACCCUCUGGGACUUAUUUUAGUCUUAAAUGGCCGCAAGCCGCUAAGGAGUAAGGGAGAGAGCGCGCGACCUGUCUCGCUCUCACCUACGCAUUAGGCGUAUAUAUUAGGGAAUUUUUUUAUGGAGUGUCAGGUGUGUGGUAGUACAUAAACUGACGAAUUGACAUAUCCUUACAUCCGUUUUAUAUAUUUCCAUUGGUUUAACUGCGCGCGCAUCUGUGUGACAUCUGACGCCCAUACGAUUGAAGACUAAAGUAAGACCGAGGGGGUGAGGAAAACUUUGCUCAGUUGCCCGUUUUGUUCGGGUAAACGUUGUUGAAGCGUUAACGUUAAAGCGCAUGCGUCUUGGCUACGCCCCCAGGGGUCUUAUUUUCUACAUCCAACAUCUAUCGCAAACUCAAAAGUCUUCGAAGGCAUUCACUACUGGAACAGUCAUGAGCGCUGAGGACCCGCUAUCUUCUCUCGUGUGGGCCAAAGACCCUGCUAAGUGAAAAUUUUAUUUGGUUGAUAAUUCAUCCGUAAACGGCUUGAAAUUGUGAUAGAUAUUGAAGUUAGACAAUAAGAUCCCAAAAUAUUGUAAGGAAAAUGAAAAGACGUACUUACAGGGCUGAUUUUGCACUCAUUAUAAAUGGCACAAAGUUAUUCUUCAAUGAUGGAUAAGCAAACCGCAAACCGUUGUAAUAAAUUACUUAUAAAUUUAUAACAGACCCUACACAUGGUGGUGCACCAAAAUUUUAGCCCUGAUUAGUUUAUUCUAUAAAUACUUUGUUUUAUUUAAUGGACAAUGUUUCAGACGGACUGUCAAAAAUCUGUGUGGUUCAACCCUUAGAACCCUAUAUAGGUGUUUCUAAGGGUUGAACCACAUCUGACCGCACGGAAUCGCAUUUUAGCGUCCGAAUGAACUUUCGGUUUCAAUAUGUUUCAGUGCUAAAUUGAGGUUUCGAUUUCGGCAGAAACUACGACCGAAACUAUGUUCAAAGGCCAGAAUGUUGUACGGCCUUCAGGAGAGACAGGCGUAGUGAAGGAUGACAUGUCGAUUAGACUAUGCUUACGUAUAAUUUCCCCAAUUGAUUAUCAUAAUUUAUUGUCUCGUUCAUUUGACCACAGUGUAUAUAGCGUGCGACAGUAUGCUGCAUUUGCUUACGCUUUUUUUUCCGUGUUGCUAUUUUUCUCGCUCUACCAAAUGACGCUUCUGAGUGACAAAACAGGAUAGAAGCAUAGGCAAGUGCGAUGCGAUAUUAAGAUAGAAGAAGAUAUUAUAUUCAAAGUAUUAGAUAUUUGAUAGUAGUGCCUUCUGUGUUUACUUUUAAAGUAGACCGCUAAAACUGGGAAUACAUUAGGUUACGGACUUUUUGGACAUUAAACCUCCACUCAAACAGCGACGUACAUACCACAGCACAGUAUCAUAGAAUAUGGAAUAAUAAUACGGCAUUACGGUCACGAGCAUUAAUAUGUAUACACGGUACCAUGUCACAUUAACUUUUUUGACAAAUUGAACUGUAAGUCUCACUAAAUGUCACAUAUGUUAGUGCGACAGAGUCCUAAAGUGGGUACAUUAUAUUGCUCAUGACUGUACAUCAAAGUACUCAGUGGUAUGAAACGCAUGGUUUGUGUCUGCUUACCGUGAAUGUUGUACUAUUUCACAAAUAUACUUAUGACAUAUUAAAGUGGUAGGAACAUCGUACCGGUGCGAAAUGUUACAACGUUCACCUUUGAGUAAGUUACAUGCCCAUAAAUAUUGGUUUUUGUUGCCUAAUGAAUAUUUCUUUUUUACCAGCUUUAAACUUAAAGACAGUUGUUUGUAUAAGUCUUUAUAGCAAUCUUUAAAAGACAGUAUAAUUUAAACAUCUAAAGUAGUUUAAUUGACUUUGUUUUUAAAUGCUGUAAUGCGUAUUUUAUAUAUGACUUUGUAGGGUGGGCUUAGCUCAGGAUAGAAAAAAAAGGUUGAAAGGGCGAAGGGAGCGCGCCACGCGCACGUCCGUACAAGUGUGAGCAAAUAGUUCAUAACUUUGCACUCCACUCCUCCGCAAACCUAACGAAGCACGGAGCUCCGCGAAAAUAUAUGAAAAAGUCGUCUUGCGUGUUAUAACUUACAGGACAAGAAGUCGAAUAUCGACUGACACGCAAGGAGAUCCCCCUUAUCACAGGAAAGCUAAAAACCUCAGUAUGUUCGGCUAUUUAUCAAAAAAUACUUUUGUACGCAGUAUUUUACGAAAAGUAAUGGUAAAAUUGCAGCCUAUCACAUAAAAUAUACAUUGCCGGUAAAGUGGUUAUGGAAUUUGAGAGCAGUAGAGCUACCGUAGUUAUCUGUUUGCAGGAGUAGAAUUAACAGAGUGGGGUUAAACCGGCGAUAUUUCUCAUACAAAAUGCGCGUUAGGGUUUUUCCAACCUCUUUCUUCUAUUCCGUGGGCUACAGCUCAGCGAGCUUAGCACCUUAAGCACGCGACUCUUUCUCGCCGCGAUAGAGAUCAUCUGUCUUUUUCUAUGCAGUACUGUGAGAGAGUGACGGGUGAUGUAUGUCGAGGCGAGAAAGAGUCGCGCGCUUACGGUGCUAAGCCCGCAGGUAUGGCUAUAAAAUUAUAGCUUUUCACUUGUGUAUCUCGCGGCUCAAUAAUAAAAUUAAUUAGACAUGACAAGAUUAUUUAUUACUGUGAAGUAAUGUCUGAUAUUUUUAUAUUUAUUUAUGUCACAAAAAUGUGGGACAAGCCCCAUCUGUCGUAGUGUUAUUAUUAGCUAGUAGGGAAACAUUCAUUCCAUUUAAUAUAUAAUUAUUAGAAAAUACAAAUUACUGUUGAUAUUAUAUUUAUUUGUAUUUAUUUUCUUUUCCGCAUUAUCAUUUGUUUUUUUUUGAGGAAUUAUACAAUUUUACUUUGUAAUUUUAUUUGUGCAGGGAACAACAUAGGUAUCAAGUACCAAAGAUACUAUAUUAUAUAAAAUGGUCACAUUACGGAAAUGAAGGAAAUGGUAUUAUGAAUAAAAUAUUUUUAUAUCAUA